UUAUUUCUGAAUUCUCUCAUUCAAACUAUUUGCAUCACUCACAAAAUUCACCAAGUUUCUUAAAUUGUUCGUUCUUUGUUUUACUUGUGAAUUUAUCCACUAGGAACAUGGCUAAGAAUCCAGGAGUUGAUUUGGGGCUACCCGUGGCCAGUUGGUAUCGUGGUCUAUCGCUCGAUCAGAUGCAGGCGGCCGAUGAGCUGGGAACGGCACUGCAAUUCGAUAUUAGGUCCAUUCGGGAUUGUCUGCUGCGCCUGGGAGUGCAACCUUUGAUCAGGAACCGUGAACUCCAUCGAAUUUGGCGGUUCAGUCGUGGCCAGAAACUGGCCUUUCUCUACUUUCUAUUCCAGGAGCAUUACGACACCGGCAGUUCGUGCGGAAAGUACUCAGUUAAUGGACAACUUCUGCUCUCGGCCAUCGCCUAUCUGGAUUUGCCGGCAACUUUUCGAGCUCUAGACAAAGUGCUACCUCUACCCGGAUGUGGACAAGCGAAGAUUCAACUGAAAAACCGACAGAAUCGCUCUGCUCGACCUUCCAUCAUAAUACCGAAUUCUUCUACGGCUUAUCAAAAAAAUAUAGAUGAUGAAAUGCCACUGGAUCUACCAGCUACUUUUCGAGCUCUGGACAAGGUUCUUUCCUCGCAUACAACUAAAAAGAAAUCCUCUUUGCGCAAAAGCUUCUACUUUCAAAAGCAACCACGUCCCAAAACCACACCCCGUCGGUCCAAUCAGUUUUUGUCGGAUACGCCGCUGUUAAAGAUUCAGAUCCCGAACGAAGUGGGGGAUCCUAAGGAAGAUGAGGAUCGUUGGUUUACCGACUUCCAGUUUCAUCCCAUCCAACGAACAGUUAAGGCAGUUAUUAACCACGAACUGUGUCACCUUUUCGAUCACAUAGACGAGAUUACCACCGAUCCUGCACAGAAAGCGAGGGAUCUGUGCGAGUUCCAUGAGGAAACUCGAACCCAGGAGCGACAGGCGUUCCUGCAAGAGCAGCGACGACGCUAUUUGGAUAUGGUUGACGUGGAAGGGACUGCAAAGCGACUUACAAGGGAACGGAUUUUGCAUCACCUUAAUCGCGACGUGGAUGAGUACCUUCUGAAGUUUGGUGACAAGGGCUGGAGUCCUGGCGUGCCUGCUUUCCGGAAACCCGGCUGUGUUGCUUGCAGCGAAUUGGUGCACGUAAGCUUGGACACUCCUCCCCAGGUGCUACUCCUAGAGGGUGAAUGGGGACGUCUGUACGACAGGAGUGGUGCGCUGAUGCGACUCUGUGCUGGUGAGGAUAACGAACCAGAUGUCCUGGCGGAGGAAGAGGAGGAGGAGGACUCUAUUGCCAAACCUGAAUAUUUCACGGCACCCGGAGACCACAAGCCCUUCGCCUUCAACUUUGAACAAGUUUUCAAAAGGGACAGCAAGCAGCCUUUGGACACAAGCGAUGUCGUUAAGAAGUCCUUGAUGGAAGCACUCUCUGGUCAAAAAUAUAAGCAGCGUCAAGGAGCUAUUGCAUCGGUGCCGAUUAGGAGCAGUCACAUCAACGAAGCCGUGUCCCGGUGUGUGAGAAAAAUCUUUGAGAAGAGUUUGCUGGCGGUGCCGACUGCGCCGCCUCCCAAGGAUUCCAACGAACGCCUGGUCUACAACCGCGAGCGAAUCGAUCCCGAUGAUGACAAGUUCAUGGACCAAAUGCUAAGCGAUGGCUUUGAAGUCCUGCGUGGCGACAGCAAACUGGUGCUGGCCAGUCUCCACAAUGGCCACCAAAUUCCGGAGGUACGGGAAUGGGUGUGUAGGAGAUAUGGCAAACGAUAUGGUCCACAAAGCCUUGCGGAAUUCGAAAGCUACAGGCACAAUAUGGGUAAAUUGUCGGAGAUGGAAAAGAAAUUGAUUCCGCUGCUAACCAAUAUAGAUCCGUUGAUCGUAAAACAAAAUCCCAUCCCGUAUUCACUUCACAAGGAGAUCAUGGAGAAAUCCAAUAAGUUUAAGAAGUCGUUUCGCGAGGAAGUCCUUCAGAUCGUCCUGAAGCAAUCCCGUCUCUGCUGGCAGGCGCAGCACAGCCUUCGCUUUGUCAACAGUUCCAGGAUUCGUCGCACCUUUUUUACCUAUCUGCCCAGUUGUCCCAGGAGUAUAGAUCCCACCUAUAGCUACUUCCUAGCUCGUAGAAAUGGCUAAAUCAGUACUUUUUGUAAGAAUCAGAUUUUUCAAUUAUUUGAAUCUCUAGUGCGUAGUGAUAAGUUCAAGACUAAAUUGAUAUGUUUUUAUACCUGAUUAUUUUUACCAUUUGACAAGUAGAGCUUAUGAAUAUAAAAAUG